UCUGAAUUAUGCAUGCAUUCCCCUGUGACUCCCUUUUUUUUUAUCUUUCACUCUCGUCUUUCUCACUUUAUGUAUGAUGGAACUCGGGACAGAGGCUGUUAUCGAAAUGUCCGCUUACGACGACAACGCUGGGACUGGUUCUUAUUUGUAGUUGUAGACCUAGAAUCUACUGCUGUCUGGCUGUUGAUCUGUUGAUUGUAAAUUAUAAAAUUUCUGUACCAAAGAAGAAAAAAAAGCCAAUCUAGGUGGAAAAAUUAGGCAAGAACUGAAGGAACUUUUCUGAGGAAUGGCAUCUGGUGGUGGGGGCCCACUUCACAUGGAGAACAUCUUUCAGCUGCUCGAAUCUUCAGAAACAGUCAAGGACAUCCGGAAGAUAAUCCUAGAAAAUCUCAACUCAACUAAAGAGACAUGGCUGAUCCAUUUGCUGGUCGAUUAUUAUUUCCGCACACAAUCAACCAAUGUUCAAGAAAUUUUGGCUGAGCUGAGAGAGGCUCAAGCUAAGGCCCUGAUCGAUAAGCUGCAUGAUGGCAUCAAGACUUCGGAGAACAGGUUGCCGGCCCUCCAGCUGGUUCUGUACCUGGUCUAUAGGGAGCUGCCUUGGUGCCACCAGCUGGUCGAGUUGCCAAUUUUCUCUCACAUCAUCAAGUGUCUGCGGACUGAGUAUGACGUCCCCAUCUUGAUGACGGCCAUGAUGAUUGUGGUCAUCCUACUACCAUCUGUUCCGGUCGGAAUAGGCCCUUACCUUACACAGAUAUUUGAGGUGUUUGAACGUCUUUCAGUGUUUUGCAUAAAGAAACCAGCCAACACGCCGGAGGUGUUUGUCCUUCACCUUCAAGUGUCCCUGUACAGUCUAUUCCACCGGCUGUACGGCAUGUACCCAUGUUCCUUCACCGGCUUCAUCAGCCGCGUCUUUGCACACAAGGAGAAUCUGCACGUGUACCAGGAGGUGGUUAUGCCAAUGCUUGAGAGAGUUCGUCUGCACCCAAAGUUGGUCAUGGGUCAAAAGGAGGUGGAAGUUUCUGCCAACAGGUGGAAAAACCAGGAGACCCAAGACAUUAUUGUGGCUUGCUCGAAACUGUCGCUGGACUUGAUUGAGGGCUCAUGGGAAGAUUCCCAGUGCCCGGUGUUCCACAGCGUGCAGUACGUGGACAAGCACCGCAUCAUGAAUGAGAUUUUCCCAACCAGAGCUCUUGCUGAGCCCCAAACCAUCCCUGCAGGAGGCGGCCAGAAUGAGUACUCUGGGGUCUCUCAGUCGUCGCUUUAUGUCCCGUCCUAUGACACAGCGGCCAUGGGGGAGAGUCCCUCUGUUCUGAUUGGUCUGUCCACGCCCCCGUCAUCACAGCGCGCAACUCCGGCCACAAGUUUCCUUGACGCCGGUACCAACACAGGGACUGUCGGGGACACCCCUGAGAUGACGCCCAGACAGCACACACCAUCACAGACAGAGGACGGGGACAAGACUCCACUGAGCCGCAGCAGCAGUCGAGGUGGCAUCCAGCAGCCCAAGUCUGGCGAUGGCAAGAGACCUGUGCUGGCUACACCCAAGCCUGUCGUCUCUGUGCCCAAUACAACUCCGACCACACCGGGUUCGAACAUCCUCGCAUCGCCGCUGACCCCGGGCGGUCGGGGAGAGUCUACUCCUUUCAGGUCCAAGGGCAGUGCAUUUGCUAGCCCGCUGCAGUCUCGCAGCCCGGCCAUGCGCUCGCUGCAGUUCAACGCCGCGCUCGAGGAGAAGGAGGAGGGCCCCAGCUGUCCUGUGACGGUGUCUGUGACCAAGGCAGAGGCUGCCAAGUUGGACUCCAACUCACAGAGUGGCUCCAGUACCCCAGGCCUGGAGAGGUCAGUGGACAGCACCGGGUCCCAGACAGAGGGCAAGUCGAGAACCGCGUCAGGGGACAAGAUGGCCAACGUUCCCAUGGAGUCUCUCCCACAUGUCAUCAGCACUCUGAACACCUCGGAUUCUGUGAACGUGGACCAGGAAGUGGAGGAGAUCAACGAGAAAGACGACCAGUUCCACGACGGUGGGAGUCCAUCCUCCUCGUCUUCCACCACACUGGCCUCACAGGCGGAGGUCACCGCCGAGUCUGUCAGACAGUUCAUGAAAAAAGUCAACAGGAUCAGGUUCAACAGCCUGACCUCGAACUCGUCCUCCUCUGACCUUGACACGAUAUCCGUGACUUCGCAAGUUGCGUAUCAAAGCACCCGGGGUCGGCCCAGAUCGUGCCCUCCGUUCAAGAGACUCGCCCUGCAUCAGCCGACCCCCGACGGUUGUGCCGCUGGAAGGAAGAGCAAAAAGUUUUACUCGGCAGUGGGCUCGGGUCUGGUCGUCCGCGGGGGCCCGGGAGGGAAGUUUUUGCGACAGAAGAGUGCUGUCGAGGGGGUCGGAGCUCAGGAAAUCCUGGCCAGUGAGGACAGUUUGGACGACAUUUCCAGCUUUGGUGGCAGCGCCAAGGACACCCCGAGGCGCAGCGCUCCUCACCACACGGAGCAGGACGCCGCGGAGGAGGAGGUGAUGCCGGUCCUGCCGGCCUCGGUGAACCCUGUGUUCCAGUACAUCCUGGCCCCUGCCAAGUUGGCCGUGUGCAACAAGUGCCACCUGCAGCUCAUGGUCACCUCUUCAGGCUCUAGCCAGGCAGCCAACAUCUCAGCGGCGGCCAUCACAGAUGUCACCACGACAACGACCACCACCACUACUACCACUAUUAAAGGUAACGAAGUCUCUCUGUUCAGCGUUGUCUCCCCUCCGGAGCUACUUGACCGCCAUCUCAAGCUGGGCUCGGACAUCCAUGCAAAGGAGCUGACCAAAAUCCCCCUGACUAGCAAAGAGACGACGAACUGGACCCAUUUUGGUGGAAUGCCUCCCGCUGACGAGGUUAACAUCCUGAGGGGUCAGAUUUUGUUGAUGCAGAACCAGCUCAUGUACGAGCGACACAAGCGCACGAACCAUGCCAAGAGGAACCGACGGCUUCUGCGUCGCAUUGCACAUGUGGCCACUCUAGAGGAACAGCAGAAAACUCUGGGUGAGCAAGUUCAGCUCAAGGAGCAGGAGAUUCAGCAGCUCAAGGUGAGCAUCAAGCUACUCCAGGAGGACCACCGGAGGCUCACACAGAGCAGCGAGUCGGACGAGUACGAGAAACUAGUGCAGUUCAGGACAUCACUGAAGGAGAACAAGGACCUGAAGGCGGAGCGUAUCGUGAUGAAAAACUUGAUGUUGUCCCAGAAAGAGGAUUAUGAUAAACAGCAAAAGAAACUGGAGAACAUGCAGCACAAAAAUCUGGAGCUUGAGAAACAACUUGAAAUGUGCAGAGAGCGUGUGGCCAACACGCAGAAACUACAGGAUCAGGUGUUCCAGCUGCAGAAAGAGGUGCUGCUCAUGCAGGAGCUGCACCAGAAGUGCCAGGAGAAGCUGCACCAACACAGCGCUGCCUCGCUCCACAAGGGGGAGCACUCCUGUCUCACCGCCUCGCUCAAGGCAGACAUAGCGGAGUUGCGGAAGGAGAACAAGAAGAAGAGCUCCCUGCUGGAGGCGUACCAGACACGCAACAUAGAGCUGGAGGAACAGCUCAAGGCAAAGGAUAUUGCAAUGGUGUCAGUGAAGAAGAACUUUGAAGCUGCCAAGUCUAGUCAUGAAGAGCAACUCAAGGCUGUAGAGGAACGUUGUCAGAGCAUGGUGCACAUCAACCAGGAGCUGGAGUCACGCCUCAUGGAGCUCACCUGCCAGCUGGACCAAGAUAAACAUCGCCGUAUGCGGCAACACGUCGCCAUCCCACAGGCGAACAAAGAUGGCGGCGGCACGUCGUCUGCCACACUCACGCCCGUUAACAAACCCAUCGGAGACCAGGGGGAUUCCCUUAGCAUGGCUACACCACACGAAGGUGACGGUAGCAGACAAGGAACGUUGUCCGACCACCUGUCGCAUGCGGGCGGUAAAAAGUUGGCGGUUGGAAAAGAGGAAGAUUCUGCGGGAACAAAGAAAGGUGGUGGGACCAGCAUUGUCGUCGCCAAAGACGAGGUUUCUGUCAUUGGCUCGACUUUCACGGAAGCCUCUUUAGGAAGGAAGCCGCCUUCUCGUCUUUCGUCCAUUUCCACGCGGGGUAGUGCGGAGCUAGAUCUCGCCACCGAUUCCGGGGCGGCCAGUCGGUCGUCUUACCGAGUGGACAGUGAUGCCAGCAUGCAGUCUAUCUCCACACAAAGUCUGGCCACAGGGGACAGCGGCUGCUGGCCAAAAGGUGACUAGUCAAUAGUUUGAUGAUGGUCUCGCAUUUGUAGAAUAUAUCUGAUUGGAUUGACUAGCACACAUAUAUGUGUGUGUGUGUGUGUGUGAGUGCGUGCUUGUGUGUGUGUGAAUAAAACACAAGAACCAAAACUUUGUGGUAAAGAAUGUGAGUGUGAGUUGUAGGGUUAUUUACUUUGCUGUUUUAUGCGAUCUCGCAUUCCAGGGGUUAAUUAAUCUAAAGGUAACACUCAUGCCUUUCGUGCAAGAGUUCCUAGUUUGAUUCAGGGUUUGUGUAACUUGGUCAGUUGAUAUCUGUGGGUUUUUUAUAUGUGGUCUUUCACAGCCGUGCACCUUUGGUAUGUGGGAUUGGGUCCCUUGUGCUUUUGGAUGAAAAUGAAAAUUCUGAAAGUUCCAUGUGCUUGUUGCACGUGUUGAAGGUGUCUUGUAGGAACUCGGAAGAAGAGCAGACCCUUUCAGGCUGGUGUGCAGGCAAAAUUAUCAGUUAAUCCCAGCCAAAAGGGUCUAGAUCAAAGUAAGUAAGAAUACCUAGGAAAACGGCUCAUUGCUGCCUCAAAGACUGAACAGUCUGGUUGGAAAAAUACCUGUAUACAUAAUAAUGAUAAUGAUAAUAAUAAUAAUAAUGAUGGUGAUAGCUGCAUUAUAUAGCUAUAUGUGCUUUCAACCAUAAACAGUUUGUACUGUGUGUUGUGAAAGCCGUGGCACACUACCCUGUGAUCUCAGAUAGUAUGGAAUGAUAUGAACUGCCCUACCUAAAUCAGGAAAGAAUGUCAACAUCAGAUUGUUUGCUUCCUUUUGAAACAAAGACAAAGAAAGUGUAUGAAGAAAGGUGUGUCCCAUUGCUUUGCUAAAUCAUGUCCUUGCAUUUAAGUGGAAGUAAUUCAGGGGGGGGGGGGUGAUGGUAAUUUGAUAAUUUGUCUUGCUUGUCAGACUUUUGAUUGUGGUGCUCCAGGAAUUGUAGUCUGUUGUGUAUGUUUACCUAUAUAUAUACAUGCAUAUAUGAUUAUAAUAUGCAGACUGCAUGGACUUGAUUAUUACAGUUUUUCUUAAGUGCCGAGGGACGGACAUUUGUCAUAUGUGAAAGAUUUCAUGUACUUAUUUUUGGCAAGGUCAUGUUAUGUUAAUAAUUAAUGUGCUUUACUAUUUUUAACAUGUUUCUGCCAAACACGAUAUUAUAUGCUUGAUUUUUUGUGUUUUUUUAAAAUGGUGGAGUGACAAAGAAAGAUGUAUUGUGUGUAUUUCGCUCGUUCAUAGUAUUGACAUUGCUUAUGAUUGCUUUCCGAAGAGAGGGGAAUCUUCAGUAUUAAAGCUAUUGUUCAUAUAUGAGCUGAACAAGGCCUUGUAUUGUGUGCUAUGGUGUGUGGAUGAGUGGAGGACAAGUACCAUGUGCUGAAACUGCCAGACUUUACUUCUUGUCAAUGAUUGUAUUUCAAAGUGUGUCAAACUGGCGCUCAUAUGACCAUAUGCAGUUGCGAGCGCCGUAAAAACUCUACUAAAACUAAACUAAACUGGCGUCUGUGGUGUAGUGGUUAGUUAGGCUUUUUGCCGUCAUGUGGAGAGGACCUGAGUUUGAGUAUAGUGAGAGUUUUUAUAGAGUAUCUCGGUCUUUCGACUGGGAUGUAUAUAUCCCUCUCAGAUCAGGUUGGCCCUGACAGUAAGGGUGGAAGCCUGGCUCCUAAAUGAUCUAAAUGGUGUUGAUGGGGACCUAAAACACUUGCUUUUUUUAAAGCAAAAGUAAUAAUAACAAUAAAUAAUCAAUAGCAUUUGUGUGGUGCAUGUCCCCACACGAAAGCAAGCUCUAUGCGCUUUACACUAUAUUAGCACAUCACUCUCUAAAAAUAGUUCUUAUCUCUAUUGGCGGUGUUGUUUUUUGUAUCUCAAGUAAGUAACUCAUCAUAUGAAACAGUCUCUGAUCUUAUGUAGGUCGUCAUCAAUUUGUGUGUAGCCUUGCUCUGAAAGUGCUGUUUUGUUUCCAGAGCCUACAGUAUAGUACACGUAAUUUACUCUUUUGUAAUCAGAACGUCAAGCUUGUGACUUUAGGAAGUGACAGCAAAGAGGGUAACAAAUGAAAGAUGUUUUGAAACUUCUGCUUUUUUUUUCAAAGCUGAAAUGUAAAAAAAA